AAGGGCUCUAGCCCGGCCGCCACGGCGUUAAAUACAACAACAACAACAACAACAACAACCCCGCCUUCCACGACCCGAUUAUGCUAUUGAUGUCGAGAAACUAAACCCCGAUGACCACAUGGAGCUUGGGUUCUACAUUGCUUGUCGAAUGGGCCAUCUGCAAGAGGUCGAAGUCUUCAUUCAGGACAUUUCUCCAAGUCACGCUAUCCGCCAAUUUGGUCUGCAACAAGCUUCCUUCGGGAACCAGCCUGCAGUCGCCAAGUUCUUGCUUUUAAACGACACAGCUCUCCACGGGUAUGUUUUCGAAGGCACGGAAGCCGCAUCAAAAACACGAGGAACCGCUGUUGGCGCUUCCCUUUUCGAGACUUUUCCAGAUGAUGACGACACCCUGGUUCCUCUGCUGCAAACUUUUAUGGACGCAGGGUGGCACCCGAAUCAAGCUUGGGAACCCAGAGAGGGGAACUACCCAAAGUGGGCGCUCCAAGAUCCGUUAUGCGUUCGCAACAAACCUCUGGCCAAAUUCCUCCUCUCUUACGGCGCUGAUCCGAAUAUUGGGCCAGGAUGGUAUCAUAUUCCGACACUAAAGGAACAAGAACCAAACGUAUGGUAUCCAGUUGAGGUACCGUUUCAUCGGCAUGGGAUAUGGACAUUUGGUCUUGCGAUUGAGACCUGGAAUCCCCGGUUCUUUGAGUUGCUCAGAACGUACAGCGAUCCUGUCCUCAGGGUCUCCGAACUCAUGCCCUUGCUGCGCAUCGUGCGAGACAUGGCGGUAUUGUCAGCUGUCGGCCAACAUAGUGGGGACGCUGAACGAUGGGUGAGCCCAUUCUCCUUGCGUCGUGAGAUGGCUGAGCACAUGUUGAGCUUCGAUGAUGUAGAUGUCGAUGAUGUGAAGUGGGCAGGAGAAAGAGGGGAGCAGACUGCUCUGACUUUGGCUUGUGCCACGGGGGAUUGGGAUUACGUGGAGUGGCUUCUUGACAAGGGGGCUGAUCCGAGUGUUCUUGACGGGAUCGCUUUCGCUCAUGACCCAAAGAGGCUGUUGGAGCUUAUGAGUCGGGCAGGGGCAUCCGAUACAGGGCAGUUCGAGGAUGUCGCCCGGCCAUAUCAGAUAAAAUUGAAAAAGCAGCUGGACCAAUUCUGCGUCCCUUACGAGAUUUUCCUCAACAUCAUCGAGUUUCUCGUCCGGGAAGAAGUAAAAAACACCGAUUCGCUGGAAAAUGUUCUCGAAUACGACCGGCGGAGUGAGGCCAGGAUUGUCGUCAGCACCACCGGCUAUGACGAUGACCACUAUGUACGAAUCAACCGAAUUCGCGACCUCCUGCACAUCGACUCCAGAAGCCGCAGCAUGGUCAGCAAGUACUUCCCUCGAAUGGUCAUGAUCACACGCAGACAUUGGCGUGCCCGUUUCCCGUUCAUGGGACGGGUGUGCCUCGCUACCGACAUCUUCACUCUCAAGGAAAAUCACGAGAUCGAUUUUCUCAAGGCCUCGAUCAUUCUGCCCAACGUCAAGGGCAAUGAGAUCGUCCGGAACAUCACGGCCAUCAAAGAAAGUGACACUAAGUUCUUCCGAGAGAACUUCGAAAAUUUUGUCGACGUGCUCGGUUCCCUUCCCAACCUCCGCAAGAUCGUCAUCGACGGUGGCAACUAUCAACCGAAGCAAGAUGAUGACAGAUGCGCAUGCUCUCUCUCGGAAUCCCACCCAGAGUUCACGACCAUUGACGCGUCCCACUUCCCGUCGCUAGCCAAGUGGGCGGAGGACUACGGCGACGUUGCUCGGGAGUUUGGCCCUCAGUUCAAGAAGAGAAACAUUUCAAUCAUCGCCCGUGUCUCCACGAACAAUUCCAAGUCUAAUCUGGAGCUGGAUAUCACCGAGGAUGCCAUCCGCGUCAAGUCCGACUGCCGGAAUUGCGACUGCUGCGAGUGCUGGGUGCAUGAGAUUUGUCUUGAUAUGGCUCGGCUCCUUCGGCAGUGUCGUCUCGCCGAUCUCAGAGAGAGUUCGGGCAGUCCCCCCUAG